CCCGGAAAUGCUUCCUUCCCACGCAGCUGCGGGCCGCUCUGCCUCUCUCGGCCGCCGGGGCAUGUGCUCCAUGGUCCCAUCUGUCAGCGCGGUUUCGGGGGUCAGCCUCUGAGGCCGAACCACGCUCGGACGCUUGGAGCCUCAAGGCCGAUCGCCGGUGGCGGGGCGGCCUCGGGCCCAUGGCGUGGCGGUAUUGACCGGCGCGGAGCGGCAUGGCGGGCCAGUUCCGCAGCUACGUGUGGGACCCUUUGCUGAUCCUGUCGCAGAUCGUGCUCAUGCAAACCGUCUACUACGGUUCGCUGGGCCUGUGGCUGGCGCUGGUGGACGCGCUGGUGCGAAGCACCCCUUCACUGGACCAGAUGUUCGACGCCGAGAUCCUGGGCUUUUCCACCCCUCCAGGCCGGCUCUCCAUGAUGUCCUUCAUCCUCAACGCCCUCACCUGUGCCCUGGGCUUGCUGUACUUCAUCCGGCGAGGAAAGCAGUGUCUGGAUUUCACUGUCACUGUCCAUUUCUUUCACCUCCUGGGCUGCUGGUUCUACAGCUCCCGUUUCCCCUCGGCGCUGACCUGGUGGCUGGUCCAAGCUGUGUGCAUUGCACUCAUGGCAGUCAUCGGGGAGUACCUGUGUUUGCGGACGGAACUCAAGGAGAUCCCCCUCAGCUCAGCCCCUAAAUCCAAUGUCUAGAAUCGGGCCCCUCGGACACUCUAACUGGCACUUGGGCCCCCAUCACCUUGGCUGCUGAGACCUCCAAAUGAGGCCCAGCCCAGGUCGGAGAGGAACCCUGGAAAUGUGAAGCCUGUUGGUGGAGAGAUAGUGAGGCCCCGCCAUGAAGGCAGGUAGCGGUCAUGAUCACAGCUGCAAGAAUGGCCUCUGCUGAAGCCUUGAUAAUCUGGAAGCCUCAUUGAGGGUGUAACAGAUUUGGAGCGCUGUCACUCUUGAGCCAUCAUACUGUUACCAGCCUGUUGUUUUAAAAAAGAAAAAAAAAAUCAAGGAUAUCGGAUUGAAGCAAACCCUCUUCUCACCAUCCGUCUACCCCAGGACAGCUGGCGCCUUUGCCAUGUUGCCAGACCACAGUAAUUCUGUUUGGAGAAACACAUGAUUUCUGGGUUCAUAGCCACAGAAAGAGAUGUAGGUGCAAAGUACUAGGCUGCUGACAGAGGACGGCAGAUGGAGGCAUCAAACACAAGAAAAAUGCACAGCCUAUGGCUCACACGUGUAGGUGCAUCCAAGAACCCAUGACUAACUUGUCUAAUUUCCCUCUACCAAAUCUCUACCCUGCUGCUGGAUCUCAGCACAGCAGGCCACAGGACCCAGAGAAAAGGCAGCAUCCCUUCUAGCCUUAGCCUCAUAAUAAAAGCCACUACUUGCCAUCUAGGCAUGAGCAGGUACCCCACUUGACCUCAGUUAUGGCAGGAGUUUCUUUUUCCUGUCUUUGAAAUUCUGUGGUGGGGACGGUAUGAUGGGUACCCAACUUUCCAGUCCAAACUGUGCUGAUAGUGCUCAUGGAGACAGGAAUUUGAAGCUAAGGCUAGGAUUUUCCUGUGAGGGGCUUGCAGCUGUCCUUCCUAUAUACAUAAAUACAAUAUUUUCUAGAGUG